AUGGCUUCGAUCUGCCGACGCUGGAGAUUAUGGAUAUUGCCUGUACUGACCUGCCUGUACGCGCUGCUCAUCGUUAUACUUGUACCAAUCUUGCUAGUCAACUCUAUUAAGAAUGGCUUUAAGAAAGAGGAUCAGGGUGCGCUGGUGGGUGGCGCCUUCGUUCUGUUGGCACUGCCCAUUGCCUUCUAUGAGAUUGUUCAACACAUGAUAUACUACACACAACCUAGACUACAGAAAUAUAUAAUAAGGAUAUUAUGGAUGGUACCCAUCUAUGCAGUGAAUGCUUGGUUAGGUUUAGUAUAUCCUGAGGGAAGUAUAUACGUGGACAGCUUGAGAGAGUGUUAUGAGGCUUAUGUAAUAUACAAUUUCAUGAUGUAUCUAUUGGCCUAUCUGAAUGCCGACCAUCAAUUGGAGCAUCGAUUGGAGAUCUCUCCUCAGGUGCACCAUAUGUUUCCCCUAUGCUGUCUUCCCGAUUGGGAGAUGGGUAGAGAAUUUGUACAUAUGUGCAAGCAUGGAAUUUUACAAUAUACCGCUGUUAGGCCUAUAUCGACUUUAAUAUCAUUCAUAUGUGAAUUGAAUGGAGUAUAUGGGGAAGGUGAAUUUAGAGGAAACGUUGCUUUCCCUUACAUGAUUGCUCUAAACAAUCUGUCGCAGUUCGUUGCCAUGUACUGUCUGGUACUCUUUUACCGUGCCAAUCAAGAGGCCUUAAAGCCAAUGAAGCCAAUCGGAAAGUUUUUAUGCAUUAAAGCUGUCGUGUUCUUCUCAUUCUUUCAAGGAGUGAUAAUCGCUCUCUUGGUAUAUUUCGAUGUCAUAUCGAGUAUUUUUAACACGGCUAACUCGAAUGACAUAAGGCAUAUAUCGUCCAAGUUGCAAGAUUUCCUAAUUUGCAUAGAAAUGUUUUUGGCUGCGGUGGCACAUCACUACAGCUUUUCCUACAAACCAUUUGUCAAUUUGGCGCAGGGUCAAGCAUGGUGGGACGCAUUUAGAGCAAUGUGGGACGUUUCCGACGUGCAUAAUGACAUAAAGGAACAUUUGGGCGUCGUUGGUUCAUCCCUUAGUCGCAGGAUACGUGGACGAGGUGCAUAUCAACAGACUUGGGGAAGCGCGACGGAGCGUACGUCGCUUCUACCCGAGGCCACGGUGGUGGUGAGCCAGGCCAGAAGCGCACCCGCUUGCUCAUUCUCGGGCUAUAAUACUGAAGCCGGACUGAAUAAUAAUCCAUCCGUUGGAGAUCUCGAGGAGGCGGCCGUAAACGUGCUAGACAGCAAUACCAUCAAUACGUAACCUAUACAUCCAAGUCCCUCUGCAUGGAAACGGUACUUGAUCGGAUCUAUCGCGAGCAUCGAUGUGCUUUAGCGAAUAUCGCUCCUUAGUAUUAAAUUCGAAUCGAAAGUGGGAAAAAAUAUAUAUAGUUUUACAAUGGCAUUCUCCAACGUACAACUGUACAAAUCAUCACGAUCACUUAUCAUAUUACGCAUAUCGCGUCGGAAUGUAUCUAUACGCGAUGUCCCAGAACCACCUAAGAUGUACCCUGAAUCAUGAUCGAUUGGGGAGAUAAUCUUCCAUCAAAACAAUUCUUUACACUUUUAUUGUAUAAUUGUACUUAACUAUUUUUUGGCCUUUGAAUUAUAUUUCUAUAUUUUUUAAUUAAGAAUUUAAUUUUAAAUUAGAACAUGCAAAGUUCUCUCCAUUGAAACGUCAAAUUUAAAAUCGGUUGAACCUCUAGAGAAAAAGGACUGGUGGUCUCGGGACACCCCGCGUAGCGCGAUUUAUGACUUAAGAAAUUUGAUACGACAAAUGGUGAAUUUUGUGAGGAACGUGAAUUCGCUUGUUAUGUUCUUACUUUGCGAAUGACACUUGUGCACUUCAUAUUACCAAAUGAUAUAGUACCAAAUGAUAAAUACUAUGUAUAUACAUUUAUACAUAUGUAUACUUAGAGAGAGAGAGAGAGAGAGAGAGAGAGAGAGAGAGAGAGAGAGAGAGAGAGAGAGAGAGAGAGAAUAUGUGAUCUCGGUACGAUAUUUGUACAUACCUCGACCAAUGCAUCACACAUACAUUUUACCACAUACAUUUUCUUUCUUGUAUAUGUAUCAAACGAAGGCCACAAAAACGAGCCGUCCAGAUAUUAGACGCCUCGAGAUAUCUUCUAUAUCUUUUCCAUCUAAUUUUUAUUCUUUCCUGCUUUGUAUGUACACACGCGAAUGUGUAUAUCGCACUCUGUAUCUAUGAAUUUAAAUUUAUUUUACGAUUACAGUAUAUUGGAAAUAAAGGCUGUGUACAUUUGCAUUAACCCUUACAGAAAACUUUGUAAUUAAUAAAAGAUUGAAGAUACAUUUAUUUGCCAAUAAUACCUAA